CGUCCCCAUAGCAACCCGCUGGGACGGGGCGGGGCCGCCCGCAUGUUGUAGGUCACGCACAUCCCCUCUGCUGCACCAAGAUGGCGGCCGGGCCGUCGGCCUCGUACCCAGCCUAGGCUUCGCUGCGGGCCGACUAGAGCAAAAGCUGGCAGGCUGACAAACAGGCAGCUUACAGGACGGACUCUCUGGCUACUGACCAUUUAGCUGUGGCAUACCCGGAUUGUGUGUGGGUGGGAAGUCGACAAUGAGCUCUGUGGCAGUUUUGACCCAGGAGAGCUUUGCUGAACACCGCAGCGGCCUGGCCCAGCAGCAGGUGAAAGUUACAGCUUUAAACUCUGAAGAAGAGAAUGAUCCUCCAACCUACAAGGAAGCCUUCCCUCCACUCCCUGAGAAAGCACCAUGUUUGGAAGCUGCCCAGGAACCUGCUGGUCCCUGGAGCAAAAUUCGACCAAUAAAGGCUUCUGUCAUCACUCAGGUGUUCCAUGUGCCGCUGGAGGAGAGGAAGUACAAGGACAUGAAUCAGUUUGGAGAAGGGGAGCAGGCCAAGAUCUGCCUUGACAUCAUGCAGAAGACAGGAGCUCACCUGGAGCUGUCUCUGGCAAAGGACCAGGGCCUUUCCAUCAUGGUCUCUGGCAAGCUGGAAGCAGUCAUGAAGGCUCGGAAGGAAAUUGUUGCUCGGCUGCAGACUCAGGCCUCAGCGACAGUUGCCAUCCCCAAGGAGCACCACCGCUUUGUCAUUGGAAAGAAUGGUGAGAAGCUGCAGGACCUGGAGCUCAAAACUGCAACCAAGAUCCAGAUCCCCCGCCCAGAUGACCCCAGCAACCAGAUCAAGAUCACUGGCACUAAGGAAGGGAUUGAAAAGGCCCGACACGAGAUCUUGCUUAUCUCUGCUGAGCAGGAUAAGCGUGCCGUGGAGAGGCUGGAUGUGGAGAAAGUGUACCAUCCCUUCAUUGCUGGCCCUUACAACAAGCUGGUGAGUGAGCUCAUGCAGGAGACAGGGACACGCAUCAACAUCCCCCCGCCCAGCGUCAACAAGACAGAGAUAGUCUUCACAGGGGAGAAGGAGCAGCUGGCCCAGGCUGUGGCUCGUGUUAAGAAGAUCUAUGAGGAGAAGAAAAAGAAGACUACUACCAUCGCUGUGGAGGUGAAGAAGUCCCAGCACAAGUAUGUCAUCGGCCCCAAGGGUAAUUCCCUGCAGGAGAUCUUGGAGAAAACUGGAGUGUCUGUCGAGAUCCCACCCACUGACAGUAGCUCGGAGACGGUGAUACUGCGAGGCGAGCCUGAAAAGCUUGGGCAGGCAUUGACUGAAGUCUAUGCAAAGGCCAACAGUUUUACCGUCUCCUCGGUCUCAGCCCCCUCUUGGCUUCAUCGUUUCAUCAUUGGAAAGAAAGGACAAAAUCUGGCCAAAAUAACUCAGCAGAUGCCAAAGGUUCACAUCGAAUUCACUGAAGGAGAAGACAAAAUCACUUUGGAAGGACCUACAGAAGAUGUGAAUGUGGCACAGGAACAGAUUGAAGUCAUGGUUAAGGAUCUGAUCAACCGGAUGGAUUAUGCAGAAAUCAAUGUCGACCACAAAUUCCACCGACACCUCAUUGGCAAGAACGGAGCUAACAUUAACAGGAUUAAGGACCUCUACAAGGUGUCUGUGCGCAUUCCCCCGGACAAUGAGAAGAGCAACCUGAUCAGAAUUGAAGGAGACCCACAGGGGGUCCAACAGGCCAAGAAAGAGCUGCUGGAACUCGCUUCCCGUAUGGAAAAUGAACGCACCAAGGACCUAAUCAUCGAGCAGAAAUUCCACCGGACCAUCAUUGGGCAGAAGGGCGAGCGGAUCCGGGAGAUCCGGGAGAAAUUCCCAGAGGUUAUCAUCAACUUCCCAGACCCUGCACACAAGAGUGACAUUGUCCAACUCAGAGGUCCCAAAAACGAAGUGGAGAAGUGUACCAAGUACAUGCAAAAGAUGGUGGCAGACCUGGUUGAAAACAGUUUUUCUAUUUCUGUUCCCAUCUUCAAACAAUUCCACAAGAACAUCAUAGGGAAAGGAGGUGCCAACAUCAAGAAGAUCCGUGAAGAAAGCAACACCAAAAUAGAUCUCCCAGCUGAGAACAGCAACUCGGAGACAAUUGUUAUCACGGGCAAAAAAGCAAACUGUGAGGCUGCUCGUCACAGAAUUUUGGCAAUCCAAAAGGAGCUGGCCAACAUCACGGAGGUGGAGGUCUCUAUUCCUUCCAAACUCCACAAUUCCCUCAUUGGCGCCAAAGGCCGCUUCAUCCGCUCCAUCAUGGAGGAAUGUGGUGGAGUCCACAUCCACUUCCCCACAGAGGGCUCUGGCAGUGAUACUGUGACCAUCAGGGGCCCAGCCCAGGAUGUGGAGAAAGCCAAGAAACAGCUGCUACAUCUGGCAGAGGAGAAGCAAACAAAGAGUUAUACUGUGGACCUCCGUGCAAAGCCAGAGUACCACAAAUUCCUUAUUGGCAAGGGUGGUGGCAACAUCCGCAAGGUGCGGGACAACACGGGGGCCCGCAUCAUCUUCCCCACCUCUGAGGACAAAGACCAGGAGCUGAUCACUAUCAUGGGAACAGAGGAGGCUGUCAAAGAAGCACAGAAGGAGCUGGAGGCCCUCAUCAAGAACUUGGAUAAUGUGGUUGAAGACUCCAUGGUGGUGGACCCCAAGCACCACCGCCACUUUGUCAUCCGUCGAGGACAAGUUCUCCGUGAGAUUGCAGAUGAAUAUGGUGGUGUGAUGGUCAGCUUCCCACGCUCCGGCACCCAGAGCGAUAAAGUCACCCUCAAGGGAGCCAAGGACUGUGUGGAGGCAGCCAAGAAACGCAUCCAGGAGAUCAUUGAGGACCUGGAAGCUCAAGUGACAAUCGAAUGCACCAUUCCACAGAAGUUCCACCGCUCCAUCAUGGGCCCCAAAGGCUCCCGGAUCCAGCAGAUCACCCGCGACUACGGCGUCCAGAUCAAAUUCCCUGACAGGGAGGAAAACCCAGCCCCUGUUGUGGAGCCAGCUGUGCAGGAGAAUGGUGAGGAAGGUGGGGAAGGCAAGGAAGGGAAGGACACAGAUCCCAGCUCUCCGAAGAAGUGCGACAUCAUCAUCAUCUCUGGCCGCAGAGAGAAGUGUGAGGCAGCAAAGGAGGCGCUGCAGGCUCUGGUUCCUGUCACCAUUGAGGUGGAAGUUCCCUUUGAUCUUCACCGUUACAUCAUAGGCCAGAAAGGAAGUGGGAUCCGCAAAAUGAUGGAUGAGUUUGAGGUGAACAUCCAGGUGCCUGCUCCUGAGCUGCAGUCAGAUAUCAUCACAAUCACUGGGCUGGCUACCAACCUGGACCGUGCCAAGGCUGGGCUCCUGGAGAGAGUGAAGGAGCUGCAGGCUGAACAAGAGGAUCGGGCCCUGCGGAGCUUCAAACUGACAGUGACUGUAGAUCCCAAGUAUCACCCUAAAAUCAUCGGGCGGAAGGGAGCAGUGAUCACCCAGAUACGCACAGAGCAUGAGGUCAACAUCCAGUUCCCUGACAAGGAUGAUGAAAGCCAGGCCCAGGACCAGAUCACCAUUACUGGCUAUGAGAAGAAUGCUGAGGCUGCCCGGGAUGCCAUCAUGAAGAUCGUGGGCGAGCUGGAGCAGAUGGUGUCCGAGGAUGUGACUCUGGACCAUCGUGUUCAUGCACGCAUCAUCGGAGCACGUGGAAAAGCCAUCCGCAAAAUCAUGGAUGAGUUCAAGGUGGAUAUUCGCUUCCCCCAGAGUGGAGCUCCUGACCCCAACUGUGUGACUGUGACAGGACUCCCUGAGAAUGUAGAAGAAGCUAUUGAUCACAUCCUGAACUUGGAGGAGGAAUAUCUUGCAGAUGUGGUGGACAACGAGGCAAUGCAGGUGUACAUGAAGCCCUCCUCACAUGAAGAGUCCAAGGCCCCAUCCAAGGGCUUUGUGGUGAGAGAUGCCCCCUGGGCCACUGUCAACAACGAGAAGGCCCCUGAUAUGAGCAGUUCUGAAGACUUCCCCAGCUUUGGGGCUCAAGUGGCCCCCAAGACUCUUCCCUGGGGACCCAAACGAUAAUGACCUGGAAGCAGAAACUCCUCCAGCCCGCUGACCUGACACUAACCUGCCACAAAUACUUCCUGUCUGAAAUCUGACCCAGCGGCUGGAGCACAAAUCAAUUGUCCCAAGAGGUCUCCUAAUGGUGUCUGGAGUGCUAGACCCCAUCCUGCUCCCCUCAGCUAUCACCGUGUCUAGGACCCACCCUCAUCUCUUGAUGGAUAUUCUUUCCUCCUUUGGAACAAGACUUCCACUCAGAUUCAAACACUAAAUGUGUGUGUUUUUGUUAGAAACUUCAUAAUUGACUCCAAGUGGCUAAGAUUUGCAGCUUCCCAAGCGCUAGCAGAGCAAUCUGCUCUCUUGAGCAUGUCUGACUAGGCAUUCUCGCCUUCAUUAGGAGACCUCCUUUACUGUGGCUAGGAAUCUACUUCCUGUCUCAUGACCUCAGGAAAUAAAUUUCCUUGACUUUCUAAAGCCAAAA